GCCCUCUGCCGAGGGAAGGACCCUCUGCUCCUGGGCCAGGGAAACAUGUCCCGUCGGAAACAGACCACUCCUAAUAAAGUUCAUUUGAACAAGAUCUUCUAUUUCUGCAAUAUCUGAUUCUAUCACCAUGUCUCAGAGGAGACCAUCAUAUGAACAUGCUGCCAGCUGGUAUGAAGCUAAUAUACAGGCUCUGGUAUCCGUCUAGGGAGAGGCACUCUGGUACCAAUUGAACUUCUUCACACACAACACGUUAAUGUAUGACCAGGUAUCUGAGCAGCUGUUUGAUGUGGGCAUCACCAGGAGAAGCAAGUGUUGCCACAAGAAGAAAAAGGGACUGAAACGCCUAUGCAACAUGACCCAGGACAAUAACAGUCUCUCCAGCUCAGGAUGGAAAACUGACCCCUUUUAUAAUGAGCAGUACCGAACUGUCGGGACUCAUCCAUCCACCCAGCCUGUGGAGAGCCCAGGAGUGCCAUGCAGAGCACUUGUGAUGGACAAGGAGCAUCAGCUCCAAGAACUGGGUGAACUGUCGGUAUGAGGAAUCAGAAUGGGAGACAACAGGCGUAUUACUGGGUUCUCUUCCUGGGGACGGAGAUAGUUUGGGAGGAGGAGGAAUUGGGCCACAGUGCCCUUACAGCCAUAUGGACAUUCCCGAACAGGGAGGGGCAGGUGCAUUAGCUCCCCAGUGAGCAAGGUUCAGGUCCUGGAAAAGGAAGUGUGGAGAAGACCUGUGUGAACAGGGACUUUAGUCCCUCCUUGAACUUGUACGAGUAUUUAGAGGCUCCUCUCAGAACUCGUGUCGGCCGAGCCGAACAGGGGACUUAUGUAAGGCUCCUGCCAGAGUGCGAGAGAUGUGAAUGGAGGAGGCAGGGUCCCAGAGGGACAGGGCUCAGGAAAUACUCCCUGCCAAGUUGACACCAUCUGGUCGUAGCAGCCAUGCCUUCCCCUCCUGCCCAGCACCACGGAGGCCCUGUACCAUCACAGCCAUUCUCAGGCAUCCCCCUCUUUUACAAGACUGUGGAAAGGAGAACUGGAGCCCAAAAGAGAGAGACUAUCAGGACCUCCGCAUGCUCUCUCUCUAACUCUGGUGACUUGUUUUGGUAUUGCAGCAACCUGCAGCCUUGUUUGUAUUUAAUAAAGUUGUGGAAAAGCAUCUGUGAGUUCAGUACCAAGCAUACUGUCCUUUAUCCCCACAAGCCACUCCUCGUGCUCCUUUGUCAAAGGGCGUGCAACACCACCAACGCAGGAGCUAUAUGAAUGCAUACAAACAACGAGAGGAAAAUCCCACCACCCUGGACUGGGGAGCAAGUCUUCGCAGGGCUGGAGGAGCAAGCUCGCCAGGCCAUGAUGAAAAGUGACUUUACUGGAGCCUUUGGAGACCAGCGGCCAACAAUUCACCAGCUGCAGGAUCAGGACUCCAGCGGCAGUGACAGUGAGGGUGAGGAAGAGGAGACCACGCAGGAUGAAGUCUCUUCUCACACUUCUGAGGAGGAUGGCACCAUGGUGAAAGUGAAAACGGAAUUAGAAAAUGCAGAGCAGCCUGUAGCUGGAAACCAGCGGAUUGGAGAAAAUGAGGUGACUGAGGAGUUGAGUACAGCGCCCAUGCUGGGACUGUCGCAGUGCCCACUCUGCCAGCUGGAAUGUGGGAGCAGAGAGCAGCUCAUUGCUCAUGUGUACCAGCACACUGCGGCUGUGGUCAGCGCCAAGAGCUACAUGUGUCCGGUGUGUGGCAGAGCCCUCAGCUCCCCAGGGUCUCUGGGGCGACACCUCCUGAUCCACUCAGAGGACCAACUGUCAAACUGUGCAGUGUGUGGGGCACGCUUCACCAGCCAUGCCACAUUCAACAGUGAGAAACUGCCAGAAGUGCUUAGUACAGAUUCCCUGCCCACCCUGCACAGCGAGAGUCCUUCUGGUGCUGAGGAGAAGGACGUUGCCUUUAACACCCCUGUGUAUCCUGCGGGCAUCCUCCUAGUGUGCAACAACUGUGCUGCCUAUCGCAAGCUGCUGGAGGCACAGGCUCCUGGCGUGCGCAAGUGGGCGCUUCGCCGGCAGAACGAGCCACUAGAAGUGCGGCUCCAGCGCCUGGAGCGGGAGCGCACAGCCAAGAAGAGCCGGCGGGACAACGAGACGCCGGAGGAGCGGGAGGUGAGGCGCAUGCGGGACCGAGAGGCGAAACGCCUGCAGCGCAUGCAGGAGACAGAUGAGCAGCGGGCAAGGCGGCUGCAGAGGGACCGGGAGGCCAUGAGACUGAAACGUGCCAAUGAGACCCCGGAGAAGCGGCAGGCUCGGCUUAUCCGGGAGCGCGAGGCCAAGAGGCUGAAGCGGCGCCUAGAGAAAAUGGACAUGAUGCUUCGGGCCCAGUUUGGCCAGGACCCCUCUGCUAUGGCUGCUUUGGCAGCCGAGAUGGACUACUUCCAGCUGCCAGUGAGCAGCGUGGAGCUGGAAAGCCGACUGCUGGGCAAGAUGGCCUUGGAGGAGCAGAGCAACAGCACGCUGCAUUGAGCUGCAGCCCAACCACCGCCACGGGCCACUGGGCGCCAGCGCCUGGCCUCUGCUGCUCCCCAGCGGGAGGGAGGCUCACACUGCCUGACCCUUCCCGCCGCACUUCUCCCACAACAGGCCGACCUGGGCUGCUCCUGCACAUGGGAAUGGAGCUGAGAGGCGUCUGCUCAGGCAGCACUGGUGAGAGUGGGCUGUCAGGAUACAGUCUGCUCCAGUGGCCGAGCCACAGCCGAUGAACAGAGGGAAAAUAAAUUAAUUUUAUGUG